AUGAGCAGGAGGUGAGCAGGACCGGGCAGGGGGCGUUUAGAGUAUGGGGGGAGAGGAGGGUAUCAGAUUUAGGGUAUGGGGAGGGAGGAGAGGUAUCAGAUUUAGGGUAUAGGGGAAGGUAGAGGUAUCAGAUUUAGGGGUAUAGGGGAAGGUAGGAGUAUCAGAUUUAGGGGGUAUGGGGAAGGUAGGGUAUCAGAUUUGAGGUAUGGGGAAGGUAGGGUAUCAGAUUUAGGGGUAUGGGGGAGAGGUAGGGUAUCAGAAUUUAGGGAGGAGGGAGGAGGAGGUAUGGAAUUUAGGAAUUGUUAUCAGAUUUAGGGGGUAUGGGGAGAGGAGGUAUCAGAUUUAGGGGUAUAUAGGGGGAGAGGAGAAUUAUCAGAUUUAGGGGUAUAGGGGAAGGAGGAGUAUAGAUUUAGGGGUAUAGAGGGGAGAGGAGGGUAUCAGAUUUAGGGGUAUGGAGGAGGGAGAGAGAAUUAUCAGAUUUAGAGGUAUAGGGGAAGGGAGAGGAGAAUUAUCAGAUUUAGGGGUAUGGGGGGGAGGGGAGAGGAGGGGUAUCAGAUUUAGGGGUAUGGGGGGAGGGACGCGUCGGGGGCUAGGGAACAUAGCGGGAGGGGGACAUGUCGGUUGUCUGCCCUCUGUCUGAGAGAAUCACAAGGGGUAAAGUUGUAACUUAGGCACUGGACAUUUCAUUUUAUCUGCCUCCUGACCCUCAAGAGAGAAUACAAUAGGGGGACUGUAGUGGUUUGGGGUGCCCCCAUGCCAAAAAUUAGACUCCUUUCAUACUUCUAGCAGGUUGUUUACAAUUUUGCACGUCAAAGAGAAUGUAGAGGAACACUCCAAGCACCAUAACCACCACAGUGCGCUGUAUGAGUUACUUGGCACCCUCUGAAUGUGGUAGGUAGUCAAGUAGUUUAAUAGUCAUUAUACCACUCAACAAAAAGAGGAGUGCAAAGACCAGAAACAUUCUUUAGAACAGGGGGUGCCCAAAAGGUAGAUCCACAGAUGUUGUAGAACUGCAACUUCCAUGAUGCUUUGCAUGCUCUAUAAAGACAAAGCAUCAUGGAAACAUCUGGGGAUAUACCUUUUGGGCAACCCUGCUGUAGAACAUGGCAUGAGAGUGUAAAUAGUAGAACAAUGUUAUAUUCAAUACAUGGCACAAACAAAAUAGGAGAACUUAAACUUACAAAGACAGGUGAGCUAAUGUACAUAUAAAUGAAAAACUCCUAUAAAAAGUGAAGUGAAAAAUUGGGUAUCUUACCCUUUAAAAGCCGUGAUACAUAGGCAGGAUAGCAGCACAUGCAAAAAUAAAAUAAACAAAAUAUAAUAAUAUGUUUGACUGAAGACUUGGCAGGUGAAGAUAUGUCAAAAAAUAUUUUCUUAUGGUCUAGGGGAGGCUUUAUAGUCCAUAAUAAGAAGGGGGUCUGAAAACACCCCAAAAAUAUUUUGUGUGUUUACCGAAUUAGAAGAAGUAACAAUUUGAAUACAUUUCAAAUGUGAUUAUAUUUAUUUAUUUUGCCCGGUUAGUAACCAUCCCAGAGUUAUUUACUAAACCACAGAUAGUCCAGUAUUCACCUUGCAAUUGCAAGUUUUAGGGAAAAUUCUCAAAAUCAGCUGUUUUAAACUUCAAUAUUUUACGUAAAAUUCCCUGCUGAAUUCAGUUUUUCGCCGACAUUGACACCUAUUCAGGUUUCCAAAUCCUCACAGUAACUGUUCCAAAUUACAUAACUUUUAACAUAUUGACCGCUUAUUAAAAGCAAAUAUUUGUGUACAGAAUAAUGCAUUCUAACCAAAUCACAAAUUUAUAGCAAGUUGUUACUUUUUACCAGAAGCCAAAUAAAAAAAAAAAAAAAAUCUAUGUAGCAAUUGCUACAGGCAUCAAAACUAAACCACUGUACCGCAUCCAAUAUAAUCUUUUGUGUAAGAAUAUUAUCUUUUUAAUCAGACUAUAGCACAUUGCUUUCCUAAUGCUAUCACUGCUGACUGGUUUUAUCUUACACUAGUCUAGUGUUAUUUCUGAGUGUAUACUCAUUCAUUAUCAUCAUUAUAUGAUCAUUAUACUUUAAGAAGGUGUAUGCACCUAACUCGAUCAGCCUGAAUAAAAGACAUUUCCAUUUAGUAUUUGAAGCAAAUUCAAUCUUCAGUUGGAUUCGGUUACUGGAGAGAAGUAUUUUGCCAAGUUAAAUACCUCCUCUCCAGUGUCUGUUUAGAAUCAGAAUCUGGCAAAACAGCAGGUGAUGAGUUUUUUUUUUUUUUUUGGCUCUUUAAUAUAUGUUUUAUGUUUUAACGUGUUGAUUUGUAUACUUAAUUAGCAUCUCAGUACAUCUGAUAAAACAUUCUUGAAAAUACAGUCCGUGUUCGAGAUCUGUUCUAAAUAUUACGUUGUCAUAAUUUCAGCUGUUAACCUACAAUCUGGACAGAAAUGAGCAAUCGUUUUGGAUCACAACUCCUAUUGUACUAAAGCAGAUUAUGUUGCACGAGUUUUGCAAAAAUCCGAAUACAUGACAGAAAAUCAAGUGAAUUGUAGUUCAGUUUUUGAGGUGCAAUAGUUGGCCCUUAGGGUACCAGUACUCCCUUUACACUAUGUGUUGAGCUGACACUACGAAUCGAUUACUAGGGUGUAUACAUAGGGGUUCUACUCUGUCCCAGCUUGCGGUUUGGCUAUCUGAUGGUAAAUGCUCAGUGAUCUUGUCAUGGAAUGCUGAAUAGUAUGACAUGGUUAGCUUAGUUCUUCUCUAAUGGAACAAAUGUGAUGCAAGUUCACAUGACAUGCAGAUAUCAUUAGUGGAAAAUAUCAUUUUCUGCACUCCUAAAUUCUAAUUUAAAACAAAAUCGUAGUUCAGCUGUUCGAUUUCUACAAUUUCUUCAAGAAAUCCUUUGAUCGAUUUGUGUGGUAUUUGGGAUGAGCUUGGCAAUGCUAUAGUAUGUUAAUUUGAUUGGCUGAAUUACUUCUUGAUUUAGUGAGAACACAUUGCAGGACCUGGAAAGAAGUUCACUUUACACCAGAAGCAUGUGCUUCAAGAAUUGUGUAAUUAGCCUAUUGAGCCUGAUACUGACGAUUAUGAGUAUAUUACGUUUUGUUUUUUAAUAGCACUAUAACAGUCAUACAUCCCCAAGAGGAGGAGGUAGUGCUAGAGGGAAACUCACAGGAUGCAUUUGUGAGAAUAGACAUACCUUAUGCCAGUCUACCUUUCCAGCUUGCAAGCCCCACAGCUCUCACUCCUCUCUCUAACUAAUCACAAACUCUGAAUCCUCUCUCCCCAGGAUUUACUUGUCCCCACUCCCCAUCCUUCUUACUAGCAGGCAGCCUGGGACAGAGAAAGAGGUAGUGCGAGUGUUGCAGGAAGGGGACAUGCCACACAGUCUCUUCAGAAAAGGAGGAUGUUAAGCAGUUAGAGAAUCAGAAAGCUUUUUUUUUCUUUUUUUACUCUUUUAUAGCCAGCUAGUCUACACAAUUUUGUUCCUGUACUCCGAUCUUAAUUAUAAAGAGCAAGAGGCUACGUCUGGCAGUUUCUUUUCCACAAUAAUAAUGUGGUUCUGUCAUGAAGUGAUCAUGGUGUCUGCAUUGGAAUUUAUGGAGUUUUUCAACUGCAUCAAAACUCAAACUUUUUUUUUUUUUUUCUUCAAACGCAAAAGUUAUAAUAGGAAAUCAGUGAACACUUAGUCAUAUGGUAAUGUCGAGCUCUCAUUAACACAAGGCAACUCCCCCACCAUAAGUUAUUAAUAAGAUCCAAGGGCCUUGGGGAUUAUACUGUUGCAUUGUACUGUUGUGAAUGUGUGAAAGUACUUGAAUCAUGGAUGUUCUUGGUAAAUGAAGCGCCAUGUGCUAAAUAAGGUCCUCAAAUGGUAUUACCGGCAAUGGACAGCUACAGGUCGAUAGCUCCCGCACCCCAUCCAGUGCACGCAAUGCAGGCAUGCCAAAAUAUGCCAAGAUAUGUAAUAGGCAAAGACUCUUCCUGUUUAGUGGCAUAUCUGUAUUCAUAGAUUGAGAAAGAAUUGUGUAUAACAGAAUUUUUGAAUGCGGUAAACUAUUGAGACAGACAUCUUGACACGUUAGUAGAAAUUUUAGGUAUGCUAAGUGCAGGAGCAUGAUUCAUGGCCUAGCCUAGAUUAUGUAUAGUUUUUUUGCUUUGUUACUAAAUCAGGAAAAAAGUUUCCAAUUCUACUAUUCAGUUCCUUUUUUUUUAGUGCAGAUGCACUGUAGUAUACAUGGCUAUAUUUUUUUUAACUGACUUUUUUUUUUUUUUCUUACUUUCUGCGCUUUCUAAUCUAAGUGUCUUAUGUGUUUGAGGGGUGGAACGCUUUGUCAGAAAUGGGAGACGUGCGACAAUAUCUUGACAUAAAAUAUAUACCAAAUUGUGCAAGGUGCUACUUUCACGAAGGGCGUCUUGCCAGCACUACAUUGGAGAAAUCAGAAGCAAGUGGACUACAGACCUUAAAUAGUCCCUGUUUGAAAGAGCACAAUAUCCCUUUUCAAUUAAUGCUGGUUUGAGUGUGUCACUUCAAAUAAAAUAAGUUAAAAUAUGUACAAUAUAUUUUGGGGGGUAUCACCAUUAAUAGACCCCCAGACAUUUGCAAACCUUACACAUGGAUACCUCUAAGAGCCAUUAUUUAAAGAGGAUAAUGCUAUGAAUCUAUAAUCUGUGUCAUUGCUUUUAACUGUUUAUUUAUUUUAACUGUAAAUCCAAGUUCACUCUCUUGUAAUUUGAGUGACUGAAAAAAUUCCCUUCCUGUCUUACUUUCUCCAGAUCAGGUUCCCAUCUUAAUACUCACCUUACCUGCUUCUUGUUUCAUAGUGUUACCUUAAUCGGCAUCUUGCUUAGAUAGAGAGAUAUAUAUAUAUGUUAUUGUUCAUAUUGCAUUCUUGUGUUUAAAAAGCUGUGUUUUAAACUGUUCUCCGUUGACAGGAGUAAAAUGUAGGAUAAUAUCUGAUACAUGCUUCCUGCUUGUGCACAUUUACAUAUCAAGCUGAGAAUUCUGAUAAAACUGUCCCAAACUGGAUUUCAUGGAAUUAUUGUGCUCAUGGUAAACUUUUCACCAAGCCCAGUAUAAAGGAGGUACCAUAGCAACUACAGCUCAAAGUAGUAGUUAUGACAUCAUGAGUGCCCUGGUGCCUCCCUAUUGUACGGUUCGACUUAUGGGUUCCUUCAGGCACAGCUCCCCAUCUUCACACUAUCUAUUGUCUAUUGACAGUGUGUCUUAUGAUAUAUAGGUGACACUCAACAGUUAAACUUUAAUUUCAUAUAUUUAGAUAUUUGUUCCCCCUUUUGCUCAUAGUUCUACUGUUACCCAUUGUCUAGGCUUUUCUGCCUUUAACUUAAAGGGACACCAUAGUCACCAAAACAACUUUAGCUUAUUAAAGCAGUUUUGGUGUAUUAAUCAUUUUCCUGCAGUGUCACUGCUCAAUUCUCUGCCAUUUAGGAGUUAAAUCAAUUUGUUUAUGCACCUUAGUCACACCUCUCUGCAUGUGACUUGCACAGCCUUCCAAAACACUUCCUGUAAAGCGUCAGUUAAUGUUUAUACUUCCCUCUUUGCAAAUUCUAUUUAAUUUAAAAUGUAUUAUCCCCUGCACUGUUGAUAGCUUGCUAGACCCCACAGAAGCUGCUCCUGUGUAUGAUUUAAUCUAAUUGAAAGUAAAACCAUUUUUUUUUUUUUUCCAUGCUUGGUGUGGCUAGGGCUGCAUGGACAGAGACAAAUGGGAUUUAACUCCUAAAUUGCAGUGAGACUGCAGGAUCAUGAUCUAUACAUUAAAACUGCUUUGUUAAGCUAAAGUUGUUUUGGUGACUAUAGUGUCCCUUUAAAGCAAAUGCAAGCCAUGAGCAUGUUUAAAUCAUGUUCGGUUUGGAAUUGAGGAAAAUAAGGGUGUGCUUUAAUUUAAUACUUGUCUUUUAUUGUUGGGGGAAAAAAGCCCUGCACAUUCUCUCUCUCGUGCUAGAUUAGAUCUCAGCACCCAGAACAUGAAAUCAACCAUGAAGACCACUCCAAACACUGGAACCACUACAACCUGCUUAUAUGAUCUUUUCCCAUGCAGGCAGAGCGCCUGCAAAGGGAAGACAGUGUUCCCGUGCCCCCGCCCGAAAUUCCCUGCCCUCCAUUUUAUCCUCCCCACGCCAACUCAGAUUGCGCAUAUGUGCUCUAAACGGUAAAAACGGUCCAAUCACAGGCUUCUCUGAUGUCAGAAGGGGUUGUGGAAGUGAGCAACGGGAGCUUCGCUCGCCUUUUGAUUCCAGACAAGUAAAGUUUUUUUAAUUUAUUUUUGCAUCUUUCACGACAUGCCACUUUAAGCCCAGCAUUGGGCUAGUUCUCAAGCGGUGAUGAGCAGUAUGGCUGUAUAGUGUGACAUCCCCAGAUUUGCUUUCAUCACAGCAAGGUAAGUCAGUGGUGUAUCCUGGUUUUGUGCUGCCCUAGGCAGGACAAAACUCAGGUGCCUUCCCCCCGCCUUCUAAAUACACACACACACAUUCACUAACAGAUACGCAGACACGCAUACACACACACACACUCACUAACAGACACAUACACACAGUCAGACACAAACUGACACACACACACACUAACAGACACAGACAGACACACACACACUAAAUGCCGCCCAAGGCAAAUGCCUUGUUUGCCUCGCGGCUAAAACGCCCCUGAGGUAAGUGUCAUAACAUAUGCAAAUGGUAUGACGGUUUACUGGUGGAUGACACCCAGGGAUUCUUUGCGCCAUAACCACUACAACACGCUAUCGUUGGUUUUACCAACUGUAUGUGCUAGAACACAAAGCUAAAUUUUAAAAAAUCUUUUCUUUUUUUUUUUUAAAUCAUAUUCUUUGGUAAAUUGCAUAUUACACUUUUUAUUAUUGGUUAAAUGAAUCUGUGCUAUAUUUAAACUUGCAUUGCUGUAGCAUUUACAAAGAUACUUACAAACAUAUCUUGAAGUAACGCUAGCACACUUGUCUACAUGACGAAUGCUUGUUUUCUGCUAUGAAAUCCCGUGUCCAUGAGAACAGAUAUCACAAUCAUAUGUGAAGCACUUGAUCACAUUAUCUGAAAUAUUUCCAUUAACAUAUCUUCAUUAUCUGUAACAAGUGUGUGUCAGUGAUGAUAAACCUGCAGCUCGGUGCUAUUGCCAGCAUUUUGAGGGUGUAAAAAUAAUUCAUACUAUAGGUCUGUCUGUUUCAUCUAUUUAAAAUGUUAAAUUUGUAUAUAAAUCGAUUGUGGCCUCAGGUUCUCAUCUGGAUUAGCCAACAUUGGUUGGAUGUUGUUAUAUUGGCUGAUUGGAGUCUAUUUCUAUGUUAGCGUCGUUGUGCUGAUAGGUUUCACAAGUUACCAAGCCUAUUUUUCUGGCUUGCAUCCUAGCUGUAGAGAGUACAGAUAAGUCUUUAUACAUUUGAUUGUAUUCCUGUUAUCCUAUGGAUUGCACGGCACAUACUGUAUUCUAAAAGCUCAUUCUAUAUUUGUAAAAGUGAAAAACACCUAUUCGAUGUUGUGGAAGUAUGCCUCGUGUUUAUUUUCAGAAAACUACUUCAAUAAACUAGGGUUUCUACUGACACAUUCCACAUAUAUAUGUGAUAUUGAUCUGGUACGUGACUGCCAUUAUUCUGUAAGAGGAACGUGUUAAUGAAAUGUAGUCAUUCUACAAUUAGCUGGAUUUAGCUGGUAAUUGACAUAGGAAGUUAACAUUGACCAAAUACAAAACUAAAAAAAAUCUAACUCUGCUACAUUUCCACCAUGGCUAUAUAUUCCCUGAUCAUUUCUUGGUAAAUGUUUUAUUGUAUUUUUUUAGUUGUCAGACCUGACAGAAUGGAAUCUGAUUUACAGUAGACUUUGUAGACCCUUUUGUUUUAGAGAUUGUAACAGUGUAUCUGACUAGGGAAGAUGCUAUUUCAUAUACUGUGGUUAUAGCUCAGGUUGCAACAGACUCCACUUACUUUUGUUCACAACACUUUAUGCAGUUGCGUGGUACAUGAAAAGUGCUGCUGCUUAGUAUGUAGUAUUUGUAUGCUGCAAUAAGAAAAAUCUUUGUUUAAAAUAAAAGGGUUUCUCCCUAACCUUCAGGGUUUAGUUUGAUCGCUGCAAUAGUACAGCUGUAAAUGAUGCACAUGAACGAUUCCUAUGCAUUGUAGGUUUUUUUUUUUUUUUUGGUCUACCAUAGAAGUCUCAACUACAUCUGUCUAGGGGUUAAGUACUGCACUGUAAUAGAAAGUUAGAGGCUCUGUUUUAACUGUAUCCAAAAUGAAGAUAAAAUCUUUGUGAAAUACUCACCCUGACUGUUUUGGAAUUUUACUGAAAUUCCAACCCACUCAAAAGAUAUACUGAUUACUUUGUCUCAGUAUUUUUCCUAUGCUCGACAAACCGGGCAGUUACCUUUUGUCAAGAUUGUCAUUCCCCCAUCGUACCCCAGCAGCGAUUUGGAGGUGUUUGAAAAUUAUACACAGAGCCGCUUUAAAGGAAGAUGAAUAGUCACUAUCGAAGCUCUAAAGCAUGGGUCGUCAACCUGGUCCCUACCGCCCACUAGUGGGCGUUUCAGGAUUCCUGGUGGGCGGUAGGGAUUUGGACAGCUAAAUCCCCCGUUUGAGAGAGUGGGUGGCAGGCCCGGACUGGCCCAGCUGGGGCUGGGCUGACCGCCUUAAUGAUCAUUCUGAUAAAUCCUCCCCUCGGACUGUGCCAGCCUGUCAGUCCGAGGGGAGGAAGGAGGGAGGAGCUGGGGGCUGGUGUGGCUGCCAGCAGCUGCAGGGAGACCUGUCAGUCUCCCUGCACAGUCUGAAAUCAUUAUAGCCGCAUACUCCGCCUCCCGCUCAAAGCUCCGCCCCCAUGCACGUUACUGGGAAGCUGCCCACCGGACCAAGAGGACACGAAAGGUAUUUACUUUUUUACAGCCCCCCUACCCACUAUAUUGCCCCCUAACCCACUAUAGAGCCCCCCUAGCCACCUCACAGCCCCCCUAGCCACUAUUCAGCCCCCUACCCACCUCACAGCCCCCUACCCACCUCACAGACCCCCUACCCACUAUACAGCCCCCUUACCCACCUCACUGCCCCCCUACCCACUAUACUGCCCCCUACCCACCUCACAGCCCCCCUGCCCCCUACCCACUAUACCCCCCCUACCCACUAUAGAGCCCCCCACCUGCCCCCACUGCCCACCUAUGAGCCCCCUACCCACCUCACAGCCCACCACCUACUAUGGGGCCCCCUACCCACCUCAGACCCCCCUACCCACUAUACUGCCCACUACCCACCUCACAGCCUCCCUACCCACUAUACCCCCCUACCCACCUCAGCCCCCCUUCCCACUAUACUGCCCCACUAUACAGCCCCCCUAGCCACCUCCACAGCCCCCUAGCCACUAUUCAGCCCCAUACCCACCUCACAGCCCCCCUACCCAUCUCACAGCCCCCCUACACCUAUAGAGCCCCCCUACCCACUAUAUUGCAGCCCUACCCACCUCACAGCCCCCCUGCCCCCUACCCACUAUACUGCCCCCUACCCACUAUAGAGCCCCCCUACCCACCUCACUGCCCCAUCCCACUAUAGAGCCCCCCUAGCCACUAUAGAGCCCCCCUACCCACCUCACAGCCCCCCACCCAUUAUAGAGCCCCCCUACCAACCUCACAGACCCCCUACCCACUAUACAUCAGCCUUACUUUUGUUCAUUGGAAUGUAAAAGAAAAGCAUAAAAAAGGAGAUAAAAAGGAAAAGAUAAAAAAAAAAAAGGAAGGAAGAAAAAUAGAAAAAAAGGGGAUAAAAUAAAGGAGGAGAGUACUUGUAAAAAAAGGAGAACGAAGGAGCAGAGUACUUGUAGCAUUGGAGAAAGAAGGAACAGAGUACUUGUAGCAUUGGAGAAAGAAAGAGCAGAGUACUUGUAAAAAAGGAGAAAGAAGAAAAAGAAAAAGGAGAAAAUUGUUGUUGGCUAAUAUAAUAAUAAUAAUAAUAAUAAUAAUAAGUGGGCUACCUAGCUCAGCCUUCCUGCUGGGCAUUGCUAUAACGAAGGUUAAAAAUUAGGGAAAAGGGGGAAAAAAAAGGUGGAGAGUAAAAGGUAAUUUAAAUUUACUUUAUUUUCUCAUUAUAUUUUAUAAAGUUAACAUUAUAAACAUGCAUAAAGUAGAAAUAAAAAGAUAAAUGUAUGUACAUUUUUUUUUUAUUUUUUUUUUUAAAACACCCUCCUUUCUAAAAAAUAUUCUGCACUUGCGCGAAAACUGGUGGGCGGUAAGGAAAUUUUUCCAUCAAGAAAGAUGCAUUAGUGGGCGGUAGGUAGAAAAAGGUUGACUACCCCUGCUCUAAAGCCUAGAAUUUUACUGUAAAUGCGGACACUUCUUUUUGUACAAAAAAAUAUAUAAAUUAAUAUUUUUUUUAAAUUAUUGUCAUUUAGCGCCACACAGGUCUGCAGUGCUUUUUAUUUUCUUUGCUUAUUUGUUUGUUGCAAAAUGUCCAGGUUCCCUCAAAAAAAUGACCGGGAUAUGCGAGCCCUUCAAAAUUAGACAUACGGUAUAUAAGCAUUAAACUCAACCACGUGAAUUCUGUUUUUAACCAUUUUUACUUUCUUCUACUUUAGGAAAUCAUUGCUGUUUUUAAACCAAAAAACGAGGAACCUUACGGACAGCUUAACCCGAAAUGGACAAAGUGGCUCCAGAAGCUGUGCUGCCCGUGCUGUUUUGGAAGGGACUGUCUAGUUUUAAACCAGGGAUAUCUAUCAGAAGCCGGGGCAAGUCUGGUGGACCAAAAACUAGAGCUUAACAUUGUUCCAAGAACUAAGGUAAAAUACUACCAAUUUGUUGUUUUUAUAUUCUAAAAUAUUGUGGUGAGUUAAUCGGCUUACAACGUUUGACAAUGUUGCAUAUUUUGGAAAAUAAUUUUAUGACUGUUUUGCCUCAAUCAUAGACUUCCAAUUAGCCUUAUCUGUAUUUACUUAAAGGAACACUAUAGUCACCUAAAUUACUUUAGCUAAAUAAAGCAGUUUUAGUGUAUAGCUCAUUCCCCAGCAAUUUCACUGCUCAAUUCACUGUCAUUUAGGAGUUAAAUCACUUUGUUUCUGUUUAUGCAGCCCUAGCCACACCUCCCCUGGCUAUGAUUGACAGAGCCUGCAUGAAAAACAAACUGGUUUCACUUUAAAACAGAUGUAAUUUAUGUAAUUUACCUUAAAUAAUUGUAUCUCAAACUCUAAAUUGAACUUUAAUCACAUACAGGGGGCUCUUGCAGGGCCUAGCAAGCUAUUAAUAUAGCAGGGGAUAAGAAAAUCUUAAUUAAACAGAACUUGCAAUAAAGAGGAAGUGUUUAUGGAAGGCUGUGCAAGUCACAUGCAGAGAGGUGUGACUAGGGUUCAUAAACAAAGGAAUUAAAUCCUAAAUGGCAGAGGAUUGAGCAGUGAGGCUGCAGGGGCAUGUUCUAUACACCAAAACUGCUUCAUUAAGCUAAAGUUGUUCAGGUGACUAUAGUGUCCCUUUAAUGCUAAAUAUUUGUGAAAUAAAACUAUCUCUAGGGCAGUGAAAAUUCAGUCUUGGCUAGAAAAAAUCACCCCUUGUAAAUGUAGCCUAAACCCUCCAGGCUUACAGUUACAGGUAAUCUUUAGACAUGGCUAGUAACAUAGUGCUUGACAUUUCAUGAGUCCUUGUGAAGGGAUAGAUCUAAUUGUGCACAGUUAAACAAAAUGGUUUUAGACUUUAUUUGUUAAAUCCUGGAAACAAUUAAGGAAUGUGACCUGUUGAUUCAAGUGGUCUACCCAUGCAAGUUUUAUUAAAACACUCUGCAUUGAAUUGCUCAAGGCAGUUGGAAAGUACAGUAUCACAUGACUUGCUGAACUCAUGGGCGCUUACUAAUGUAAGCUCGAGGCAGGUUGAUGAACAGUCAUAUGACCCAGACUUCAAGUGCUGUUAUAUGCUACUGAGAAGAUACAUUUAUUAUCCUUAAGGAGAGCCAUUAAAUCUUGGCAUUUAUAUGUUUAACAAAUGUGUUUGCAAGGUCUAGGAGAUAACAAUAAUGAAUGUAAUGAAAUCCAUAUUGCUUUAUUUUGUAAUUGAGUGUCUUAGUUCCCUGUCAAUGUUAUAAACUGUGCUGUUUCUCUCCCAAAGCCCUGUCUGCAUAUACUGAACUGGAUUGUGAGGCCAGUUGCUAAAUCCUUCAGAAACAUUUAAUAUGAAAUGAUACUCACCGUGUGCAUUAAAGGUUAAUGAAACACAUAGGCAAAACACAAAUGUUAAAUGUGGGUAUUUUUCUUCUUUUAGAUUAACUUGUUUACAUUUUAAUGUUUGGUAUCCUUCAUCGGCACCUGUUUCAUGUGGUCUUUCCAUAUCUAGACCACACAUAACUGACAAGAUGAGUACCAGACAUACACUAGUUCUUCAUCCUUUUGGGAAAUGCAUACAAAAUGUUGUAUAUUUAAUCAAUAUACUGCAGAUCAGAUGCUUAAACAGUUACUCCAGCCACUAUGACCACUUUGGUGAUUUGAAUGGUCAUGGUGGUAGGAGUGAGUAUGUAUUUGCAGUGAUUCAUCUUGAAAAUUGCACACCCGGAGAUAUUGUUAAUUCUAUGCUGGGGGAUAGUUGCACCCCGAGCACAUGUGACACAUAACUUUGUUCAGGUAGCCAAUGUCAGUUCUGUGUAUUUAUUAAAAAAAAAAAAAGUCAAAUGUGACGGAUGUGAAAAUCUGCAAAGGUAGGAUUUGUUUUCCCUCCCAGCCAUUUACCCACCCACUCUGCAUUCCCUCUUACCUCCCUUCAUUUAAACAACAUUGUUUUAAAAAAAAACAAAAACCUUUCUCAUUCCUACUACACCUCCCUCAUCGGCCCAUGCGCUCUGAGCCAGAGAUACGGUUCAAUGUGAGAUACCUAUGAUUGGACCAUGCGAAGCCCCUGUGAUGUUGGAUAGUUUGUUAAACAUCAGCUCUGGGAUCUCUUUCCUGAGCUGCAUUCCAGGCAAGUUAAGCUUUGUGGCAUAUUACACAGAAAAGAUCCACCACCUAAGAAGGGUUUGAGCAAUCCUUUAAUCAAGAAGGGAUGCCUCGUUAAGUGUUUUAAUAAAUUGAUUUCUCUUUUGCUGCUUAUGAAUUCUUCAUACAUGAGGGUAGGACUCUUCAAGUUAUAUGUGAAUCCUUUGUAAUUCUGCCAUCCUUUGACUUGUAAAAAGUUGGUACAAUUGCUUUCCUUUUAUGUGUGGUGGCGUUGUCACGGAUACAUUAAACUUUACCUGCUUAUUUAAACAAUGGUUUUGGGACACCCCUCUGUAUGUAACCGCGCAUGCUGUCAUAAAUGAAUAAAAUAUAUGCAUUUUACACUAUAUUUAGCACUAUUUUACGCCAUACAAAACCAUAAAAGGAAACUAUAUGGUAAGUUAUUAAUUAGUGGAUCAAUUAUACUACUGUCUUAAUAGCUGUCCUCUCAUUAUUGUUGGAAAUGUCUAGAUAAUUCUACUUGAGUGACAAGCUCACAGACUAUUCUGGAUAGGGAUCUGCUAGGCACACUGAUAAAUCAAGUUAUACAUUCUAUUCACUGUUUUGAUUGUGUAAUGCUGAGUAGCUUUGCCCAUUAACUGAUACAUGCUUAUUUAGCAACUGAGGAAUUUGCUCUGCAGAUAGUGAAUCAGUAAAUGUAUAAUGUCUGUCAAAUUGGUUAAUACUCCAAUUAAAACAUUACCUUAACACAUUUUGAAUAAUAGAGAAUUUUGUGUUUUGAACUGUAACAGAUCAAUCACUGUAAAUGCAAGUGUAGGUUCUUGAAUAGUGUGUAUGCAUAAUUCGGUAUGGCGUAAAUUCCAUAUUAAACACACAAGUAUAGAACUAGGUUCGCUCUGUCAUCUUGCAUACUGAUAUUAUUAAGGUAGGUCUGAAGAGGAAUUAAGGAAUUUAAUGAUUUUAUUCCCAGGUUUCUAAUAUUACCCGUGUUUGUGUGUUUGCAGGUUGUAUAUCUUUCCAGUGAAACGUUUAAUUACAGUGCCAUCGACAGAGUGAAAUCAAGAGGGAAGAGAUUGGCACUGGAAAAAGUACCAAAAGUUGGUCAAAGGUUUAACAGGAUUGGAUUGCCUCCCAAGGUAUGAGAGUCUUUAAAGUAAUACUGCGUGAAUACAAAUUCAGAGUAUGUUUUCUGCCAAAGCUGUUUAAGUAAUAACAAUUAAAGGACCACUACGGGCACCCAGACCACUUCAGCUUAAUGAAGUGGUCUGGGUGCCAGGUCUAUCUAGGAUUAAACCUUUCUGCUGUAAACAUAGCAGUUUCACAGAAACUGCUAUGUUUACCUAUGGGUUAAUCCAGCCUCUAGUGGUGGUCUCAUUGACAGCCGCUAGAGGCGCUUCCGCGCCUCUAGCUGUGAUUUUCACAGUGAGAAGACGCCAGCAUCCAUAGGAAAGCAUUGAGAAGUCCAUGACUGGGAAAGGAGGAGGCAUUUAGGCGAUGACUGGGAAAGGAGGAGAGUCCACAGCGCCGAGGGAGCCUGGUGCUGGAAGAAAGGUAAGGGAUUAACCCCUUCCUCACCCUAGAGCCUGGCGGGAGGGGGACCCUAAGGGUGGGGGGUGGAGGGGGGCCUAGAGACCCUAUGGUGCGAAUGUGAAUUCAAUUGUUUUCCUGAACAUUUUAUAUGCAUAUGCACUGAAAUUCUUGAGAGAAAUGUAAUUUAAGAUCUAUGAUUUGUUAUUCAAUUUUGAAGAUUAAACCUUUCAUACAUCUGUACUCCUGGCAUAAAGCUGCACACUACAGCUCUCCAGAGAGUAAUAUAUUUACACAUCCACUAGAUGUUUCCAAAAUGCAAAUCAGAUAAGUACAUAGGUUAAUCUUAUCUACAUAAUGGUUGGGAUUAUGAAUGUAAGUGUUUCAUUAGGAAAAGUGGUAUACUUUUGAUACAUUAGGUGUGUGGGUUUAUGUAGAAAAUGUAUCCCACUACAAAUGUGUACUAUGAAUCCGUUGUGUCAAAACAUUACUAUAAUGAUAUAAUAUUGAUAUAAUUUGUUGAUAACAAUUUUAAAUUUUGUCACAGGCUGUAUAAAAAUAUUUUUUAAACUGCUCUAUUCUGUCUGCCAUCUUGUAUAUGGUGUUGUAUGCACUGAAUUCUACUGAAGGGUUUAAAAAAAAAAAAAAAAGUAAAACUAAAUUCAAAGACUUCUCAUUAAACUGAAUUGGGAAGUCUGAUUGGACAGCCACAGAAAGUAUGAGCGAGUUAGAAGGGAGAAGCUUGCAAAGGCUGCAGACAAGAGAUCUGCAGCUUUUGGAAGCUGUUUUUAUACUCCAAUGACAAAAAAUGCAUAAUUCAAUGAAUGCAUGGUUACCUUGAGGGUAUAUCUGUUAAACAGUGAACAUUUCUAUUUUGGGUAGUGGAGUGUCCUUUUUAAUAUUAAAAUGUCAACAUUAAAAACCAUAAACAAACUUUGCAUAUUUACUCUUCUUUUUUUGUUUCAAAUUGUAGGUUGGCUCCUUUCAGUUGUUUGUUAAAGGUUACAAGGAUGCAGAUUAUUGGCUACGAAGGUUUGAAGCAGAGCCUCUUCCUGAAAACACUAAUCGACAACUUCAGUUACAAUUUGAAAGGCUGGUUGUUUUAGACUACAUCAUCCGAAACACUGGCACGUAUUCACAACCGCAACAACAUACAGAAUAAUUUAAGCUUUUACUAGUCAGAAGUUAUUAACCCAGGCAAUUUUAAUUUGUAUCAAAAUCUGCAUCUUCUGCUAGCCUGCCUUUAUUUAUUUUUUUAUUUUGAAAAAUAUAUUUUGAUAUUUAUUGAUAUGAUACAAUCUAAUUUUUGAUAUUUUAAUAUUUGGAAAAGAAAAUAAGUUUUUGCAAAAAUAUUAAAGAAUUUGCAAAGCUUAUCCAGAAAUAUUAAAUGAAAGCCAUUGGAUACGUGUGUGUAUCUGUGCAUCUCACUGACCAGAGCAAGAAGCAAAAUUUAAAGCGAAAACUAUUUACUGUAAAUAGUCAUUUUUGUAUUUAACUACGGAUUACAUUUUAUGACUUGUUUGUACUUGUGAUAUGCACAUUUGUAAAUAAGCAGCACAGUUAAUAAAAAUAAAAUAAAUUGAUCUGUGUAUACCUUUUUCACAAUCUACAACAAAUAUAAAUACUUAAUCUUAGUAGAAGUCUUCUUCAUACAUGUUUUGAAAAGUGGAAUCCACAGUACAGACACUCAAUACUUCACGUGCACACUUGCAAUUUUUCACUAAAAUGAGAUUUGCUGGGAAUUCAAAUUGAUUUUCAAAUUGUAGGCCAAAGUAUCCAAACUGGAGAAAUUCUCCAUGUCAAUUUUGUUAUCAAUCUGUCAAUUUUGGUCUAAAUUGUGAAGUACACUUUGAAUUCCCUGCAGUUUUCAUUUUAUUGAAUAACCCUUUGUGAAUUUUUUUAAUUUUUUUUAUUUCACCAUUAUCACAGGGGACCAUAUAAAGUCAUUGUUUUAAAAUAAAGUCCAUUUUAUAUAGCAGAGAAUAUGAAGACAAAAACAGAUUCUUUUAACAGUUUACCCAUUUUACACGACAAAACGUUUUCACUUUAUACUUCACUGCUAGGUAUGGAUUUGUCCAUAUGAGGAUAUAUGUGCUAAGUGCAGUUUUUGGCCCUGCUGGCUGUUAAAUAUACACAUUGUCCAUACAUAUGUGUAGUCUCUUUAACCUAUAUGCAGUUGACUUUUAACGUGACUUUUUUUUUUUCCCUAUCCCCAGACAGAGGCAAUGACAAUUGGCUUAUAAAGUAUGACUGUCCAAUGGACACUGGAAAUGCACGAGUGAGUAUAGAUAUACACAUGCUUUGGUAGAUAUAUUUUGAUUGAGAUAUACAAAUAUGAUAUGUACUGCAGUAGUGUUUUUAAAUUAUAGGAGUACCUUGAAACUAGGACAGUUUGGUCACUAGAUCUCUAUUCUUAUCACACUGCAUGGGACCGGACUGAUAUCGCUUAAGCAAAACAUUUCAGCCUCUAUUUUAAAUGUAGGCAUUGCCAGCAAAGGGUGAGACUGUCCAAAGAUUGUGUGUGUUCGUUAUAGACUGUGGGUUCCCUUGCAAAGUUGUACAAAAAAAUUAAAUCGGAAAUACAUAUAUGAGAGGACAUUAUUUUUAUUUAUUUAUUUUUUUAAAUCUUGCCUGAUUUAGGAGUCAGACCAAACUUGUUGAACAGAUAUCAGGUGCCAUAAUUCUACCAAUUAUUAAUCAGUACUACAUGAAUCUAACAAAGUACUGUUUCUCUUGUAUUACACAAAGUACACAUCGCAUAUAGCACUCGAAUGACACUCAAAAGAAAAGGAAACAGGACAGCCUAAAUACAUACUGUAUGUACACUGAUCAGACACUACAUUAAAACCACCUGCCUAAUAUAGUGUAGGCCCCUUCCUGCUGCCAAAACAGCUCUGAUGCUUCGAGGCAUGGACUCCACAAGACCUCUAAACGUGUCCUGUAGUACCUGGCACCAAGACUUUAGCAGCAGAUCCUUUAAGUCUUGCAAGUUGUGAGGUGGUGCCUUAAUGGAUCGGAUUUUUUGGUUCCAGCACAUCCCACAGAUGUGCUAUCGGACUGAGAUCUGGGGAAUUUGGAGGCCAUGGCAACACCUUGAACUCUUUGCUAUGUUCCACAAGCCAUUUCUGAACAUUUUGUGCAGUAGUUUUAAUGUUUUGGUUGAUUAGUGUAUAUGGCACGUAUAAAACAUUAUACCUACUACCAGAUCAUCCUAAAUCAAUGCACACAUACUGCAUAUUCCUGUGCAAGUCUCUGUGCUCUAAAUAAAUACAUUUUAAGUGCUGUUGCAUUAGCUGCCUGGUGGAAGGAAAUGCUUGGGACUAAGCCAGCAGCUGUACCGAGGCAGUGUGAAACGCCAGUAGCUAUCUGCUCUAACCAGCAACAGUAUUUGGACAUCUACACUGUGAUGCAUAGAUAAGAACCAUUCUUUGGGGAGACAAUGUCUAAUAUACAAAAGGUUUGAGCUCAGUAAUGCAUGUUAAAUUUUCUGUUUUGUUGUAUUGACUGGUAAUUGUUCAUCUAAAUUAACCUAUUAGUCUUGACAUGAUUUUGAGUUUGUUUUUGAUCUACUUGCUUUCCUCAGGACUCCGACUGGGUCUUGGUAAGGGAGCCUGUCAUCAAGAUCGCUGCUAUAGACAAUGGUCUUGCUUUCCCACUAAAGCACCCAGACUCAUGGAGAGCAUGUGAGUUUCUACUGUAAUCUGAAUAAUUCUAGCUUUUCAGUUGUAGCUUUCAUUGUAUAUCCACAGAGAGUUUGGCAUCAUGUAGACUUGGAAUGGUAACACGUUUUACCCAUAAAUUAACACUUUAGGAAAUUUGAAGACACUCGCCCUUUUCAAUGCCAGAGGAGUAUUUCACCUAAAGGGACAUUUUAGGCAGUGAUGUGGUUUUGGUGCAUAUUUGCUGUCCCUCUUUUCAGGCAAUGUAAAACAUUGCCAUGUCAGAGAAACAACAAUGUUUAAGUUUUUCCUCAUACCACCCGUGUAGUGGUUCCCCCUUUGACGGCAGCAAUAGUUUCUUCCUAAAGAAGACCUUUGAAAAUCAAAGGUAAUUUAAAUUUGGAAAUAUCGUGCUCAUGCUACUCAUAGAGUAUUACUGGAUUCAAUGUUGCUCUAUUAAAAGCAUCUGAUGGGUACAGUACAGCCAUUGCUGCUCGUCCUCCCUCUGUCCUCAGUGCUAUAGAUUUCCACAUUGCUGUUCAAUAUUUAUGAUGACUAAAAGAAAAACUACUGAUACAUUAGUUUGGUUAUUAUAUUGGCACUCACACGUCAUUAAUCUGUGAAUGGACUUGCAAAUUGCCAAAAAAGAUGCUCAGUUAUGUGUUUCGGUGUAUAUAUUUGCAAGUCUCUGCAACUCCCAGCUCUGUAAAUAGCUCAAAUAGUUUACCGGUAAUUAAAAGUAGCCCAUUCUGUAACCCAUGCCAUUACCAAGCUCACAGUUCUCUUGUGGAUGGAUAAAAAGAUGAUGUAGUUGUUGUAAAGUGGUGAUUGUUGGGAUGGAGAAGACCGGGCCUAGCAUACAUUUUUCGUUUUGAAUUUUUUUUUUUUCUUCUUUUGUUUACCUACUUGUGUCAGCACACUUUCUGAUAGUAUGUUUUGUCCUCAGAUCCGUUUUACUGGGCAUGGUUACCACAAGCCAAAGUUCCUUUCUCACAAGAAAUCAAAGAUCUCAUCCUCCCAAAAAUCUCAGAUCCCAAUUUUGUUAAAGAUUUAGAGGAAGAUCUCUAUGAACUUUUUAAGGUAAGCUAUCUAAAAUGGUUACUCCAAGCACCACAACCACUUCAGUGCUUUGAUGUGGCCAUGUUGUUUGGAGUCUCAAUGUACUGCAUUUCACUAUACUGAGAUGCAGAACUUGGCUGACAUCAGUUCUGUAUAUAGAUUGCGCCCUCAUCAGCACACACGGCAUGCUUGUGAUGGGCGACCAAUAGAGCGCAAAAGGUUUUUAUUAGUAAUGCUGCAGUGUUCGUUUAUUGUUCAUUGCCCACUGCGUCCAGUGGAUAAACACAAGAACACUUGAGUUUGCACUCAAAAUUGAAAUUAAUUGUAACAAAAAAUUAAUUUGUAAAAACUCAAUCAACUCUGCUAUAGUGACUGUAUGGAUAUGAAUUACAGCCAGUAGUAGGCGUAGAACACGCUUCCCCAAACUCCGGCCCUCCAGAUGUUGCUGAACUACAACUCCCAUGAUUCUAUGAAUGAAAUAGGCUGAGAAUCAUGGGAAUUGUAGUUCAGCAACAUCUGAAGGACCAGAGUUUGGGGAAGCCUGGUGUAGAAAAUGCACAAUGUGUAAAUAGUGCUGUCUCCUAUAAACUGCGCUUUUUUCAUUUGCAAGGCUGCAGGGGGAACAUCUGUGCCCGAAAUUACUUAAUUAUGGUGAAGUGAUUUUGGAGUUUAGACUGUCCCUUUAAUAACUACUGUUACAAAAUUUGUUCCUGAUCUGCAUAUUAUUUUGCUUUCAUCCAAAAGUUAACAUUUGCUUUUAAUAUUUUUUUUUUUCUGUUGGUGUUUUUUAAUUUUUUUUUUUUACAUUUUUUUAUAAUAUAUAUAUAUAUAUAUAUAUAUAUAUAUACAUACAUACAUACAUACAUACAUACAUACAUACAUACAAACACACUGCAUACUGUUUAAUUUUGAUUGUGUAUAUAGAUUUUUUCUUUUCUCCAUAGAAAGAUCCUGGGUUCGAUAGAGGACAAUUUCACAAACAGAUUGCAGUUAUGAGAGGACAGGUAAAUGUUAAUUAAUUUUGUAAUUCUGUUCACAGACUUGAAUUGAGCUUGAAGGUCAUUCCAAACGCAAUUCAAGAGAUGAGCAAAAGGUUUCAUUACAAAUUGCAAACUUCAAUAUAAAAAGGUACAGCUAACCGAUAAGUCUAGCUAUCCUUGUAACUCUUUAGAUAUCCCUGAACUUCAUGAUUCACUACAUACCAGUCUAUAGCAGGGCAUCAUGGGAUUUGUACUUAGCCAUCUGGAGUGUUACUUUCUGGUAAUCCUGACCUGAGCAGUAAUCGUGAUUUCUGUUAUGCCAUAAAGUGGUGCAGCUUGCCAGUGGCCUGGGGCUUGUGUGAUCGUAAGAAGGAAAAUGUUGCAGGAAUGAGUUAUUAUUAAAGGACCACUAUAGGCACCCAGACCACUUCAGCUUAAUGAAGUGGUCUGGGUGCCAGGUCCAUCUAGGUUUAACCCUGCCUGCUGUAAACAUAGCAGUUUCAGAGAAACUGCUAUGUUUACAUAUGGGUUAAUCCAGCCUCUAGUUGCUGUCUCAUUGACAGCCGCUAGAGGCGCUUUUGCGCUUCUCACUUUGAUUUUCACAGUGAGAAGAUGCCAGCGUCCGUAGGAAAGCAUUGAGAAUGCUUUCCUAUGGACUGAAUGCGCGCACGGCUGUUGCGCACAUGCGCGUUCAGCCGCUGACGACCGAAGGAGGAGGAGAGUUCCCAGCGCCGACGGAGCCCGGCGCUGGAGAAAGGUAAGUGUUUAACCCCUUCCUCCAACUUCAGCCCGGCGGGAGGGGGGCCAUGAGGGUGGGGGCACCUUCAGGGCACCAAAGUGCCAGGAAAACAAACUAGUAUAGUGGUCCUUUAACAUCCCUCCUAUAAUACAAUUUAAUGUAAUACACAUUUUACACUGCUACCAUGUCUAGUUACUUGGAUUGUGUUUGUAUUUGCAUGUGACGCUUAUUCCACCACACUAUAUCCAAGAGGCAAACCAGUAACAGAUUGCAUAGCAUGCUGGGACAUUAAAAGUAUAGCUAGAUUUGGAAGUGUGCAUGUAUGUGAAACUGUCAAACGGUGAAUUCCAGUGAAAUGAAAUCUAAAUUGCUGAACGUAGAAUGUCACUUAAGUUGGCAAACUCCAAACUCAAUUACAUAUAGAACAUAAAUAAGGGAAUACACGGGGAGCAGCAAAAUGGAUACUCUGACCUGGAGGAUGAGCAGCAAAUAUAGAGGAGGGAUGUUAUUCGGGGUGUGGCUGUAAGGCUCUUUGUUACUUUGUUGCUUUGCUGCUAUAUGGAAAGUUAGGCAAAAUAUUAACCUCUCCUGCUUUAAAGUUUGAUGAUUAGUGCACCAAACAUUAACUUGUACAAUAUUUAGAUUUAAAAUAAGUGUUUUGUUUGUCAUGACUUGUAAAAUCUUUCCUAUUAACCAUUGUACUGCAUGAACAAAGGUCAAACAAAUGUAAAUGUGUUUCUAAAGAGAACACUGCUCCAUAUAACCGAUCAAAAGCAUUCCUUUUAUUACUUCUCCGUUAGAAUUACAAUCUACACGGAUUACACACGACAUUAACUUUGACCCAGCCCUCUAGCCGCCAUCACUAUUUGGCUUGAGUCAAACUCAGAUCUUUUUACUCACCCAUUUUUUUUCCUGCUUCCAACACAUGAAAUUCAACAAGUGACUGUUCACUAGCUGCCUAAUAUAUCCCACCCUUUGACAGCUGCCAUUGUAACAAUACAAUCAAUGUUCUCCACUUCACCUGUUGGUUUUAAUAUUGUGACUGAUCAGUGUACACCCAACGAUUGAAGAAUAAAAAGUCAUCCAGAAGAUAAUAAUCCUAAUUUUAUUCAAUACUAUAUACAUAUACUAUGAUUUGUAGUGAAUAAAAUCCAUAGCAAAUUUUAGGAUAGUGGACUUGACUAUUGUCACUGCUUUUUUAUUUUAGCCUCAUUUUUGAUAACCUACAAUUCAGUUUAGUGAACCCUGAUAGUUUUGCAAUGUUUUGGAAUAAUGAGAGAUGUAUCAAAACAAAACAUGUAGUGCAGAUAAAAUAAACAAACUUAUUCCUGACAUUAUAGUGUUAACAUAGUUAUUAGGUAUCCUGCCCCCCAGGUGUAAAAAAAAAAAAAAUAGGGAGUUUAAACUCUCCUUUUCUGCCAUGCAGCGCCGGUCUCACUGCAACUGGCCCAAUUCCUUUCUCAGCCAGUUCAAUUCCUUUCCAUAGGACCUCCAUGCAGAGCGUAGAGACGUUGAACAUAGGUGCUGCACAUUGUGAAUCCGUGACACAGGAAGCACCUCUAGUGACCAUCUGAUUAACGGCAACUAUAGGUGUUCCUAGGCAGCAGUGUUUACAUUAAAAAGCCUGCAGGGACAUGACAUAGACACCAGAAACCGUACAUUACGCUGUAGUGGUUCUGGUAACUAGUGUCCCUUUAAGGAUCAGAAUUUGCUGUGCGGUGACAUCUAGUGGCUAAAUGUCCAACUGCACAUGCUUUCAUUGACAAUUUAUGCAGAAUAUUGCUUUAUGAAUACAUUUUUUUUUUUUAAAGUUAAUGUAUUCAGAUUUCAUUUCAUUUGCAAUUAAUUUCUCUACUCUUUAGAAUGCGGUUUCUUAUUUUUUAAAUUUUUUGUUAUGGAAUAUUAAUAUUACAAAAUACUGCUAUACUCUAUUAUUUUUCACCUUCAUCGCUUGCUAAAAAGACUCCUUCUGUGUAUAUUUGUUUAAUCAAUGAUCUUUCAUCUGUAUUCCAGAUCCUAAAUUUGGUUCAGGUACUUAAAGAUGGGAAGAGUCCUCUGCAACUUGUCCAAACCCCACCAGUUAUUGUAGAAACUGCUCGAUCACAUCAGAAGAGCAGCAGUGAAUCAUACACACAAAGCUUCCAAAGCAGAAAGCCUUUCUUCUCGUGGUGGUAG